AUGUCUUCUUCUUCUUCUUCUUCUUCUUCUUCUUCUUCCCAAUCUCCAAAAUCCCUAGACUCUCUCCUCCUCCAUCGUCGUGCGCUCUCUUCCCUCGCCGCUGCAAUCCCUCCGAGCGAUCCACUUCCCGCCGCCCCUCUCCCUUCUUCUCUCCCUCCUUCCAAAUUCAUCCCAGGCACCCGCUUCCUUAUCGACGCCUUCCGCCACGCCGCCGCCGUCCCCGCCCCGGCCGCCGCAUACUUCCUCUCCCACUUCCAUUCCGAUCACUACUCGGGCCUUUACCCUAACUGGUCACACGGCAUCAUUUUCUGUUCUCAAAUCACCGCCGAUCUCGUCACCAGAGUUUUGAAGAUCCCUAAGCAGUUCGUCUUCCCGUUGCCGUUGCGUGAGACGGUGCUAAUCGAUGGUUCCGAAGUCACUCUCGUGGACGCUAAUCACUGCCCUGGCGCGGUUCAGUUCUUGUUCAAGGUGCCGGCUAAGAGUUCAACAACAGGUUUUGAAAGGUAUGUUCAUACCGGCGAUUUCAGGUACAUCAGUUCCAUGAGUGAGGAUGCUCUGUUGCGUGGAUUUAUUGGCUGCGACGCUGUUUUCUUGGAUACUACUUAUUGCAACCCUAAAUAUGUGUUUCCGGCUCAAGACGAGGCUGUUGAUUAUGUAGUUAGCGUGAUAGAUAGUGUACGGAAGGAGUGUUUGGAUAAGAGGGUCUUGUUUCUUAUAGCCACUUAUGUUAUUGGCAAGGAGAGGAUUUUGCUCGAGACUGCAAGGAGGUGCAAAACGAAAGUGCUUGUUGAUGGCAAGAAAAUGGAGGUUUUGCGGGUAUUGGGGUAUGGGGAGACUGAGGGGUUUACAGAGGAUGUGCUUGAGAGUGAUGUCCAUGUUGUUGGUUGGAAUGUGUUAGGUGAGACUUGGCCUUAUUUUCGUCCGAAUUUUGUCAAGAUGGCAGAGAUUAUGGCAGAAAGAGGGUACUCUAGAGUGGUUGGUUUUGUUCCUACUGGAUGGACUUAUGAAGUUAAGCGUAAUAAGUUUGCGGUGAGGACUAAGGAUUCGUGCGAGGUUCAUCUUGUGCCAUACAGUGAACAUUCAAAUUAUGAUGAACUCAGAGAGUAUGUGAAGCUUUUGAGACCUAAACGUGUUAUUCCUACAGUUGGUGUGGAUGUUGAGAACCUUGACAGCAAACAAGUUCAUAAAAUGCAAAAACAUUUUGCAGGGUUAGUUGAUGAGACUGCCAACAAGAAAGAUUUCUUGAUGAAUUUCCUUCGUGGUUCUACUGAGAGUGAAAAAGGUUUUGAAACUGAUGGUUUAUCUUUGUUGAAUGAGGAAGGACAGCUAGAUGUGGAGCCUUCUGAUCCUAUAGCUGUUGAAAUUGCAGUUCCGCUAUCCAUUUCAAAUACCUUGGAAAAUCAGAAAGGGUCUGAUUCACUAGAUGUAGCUGUGCUAACUGAAGAGGAAACACAGAGACUAAUAAAGGAAUUGAGUGACUGUUUGCCUGUAUGGGUUACCCAUGACCAAAUGUUACAUUUGCUUGGCAGAUCAGGGAGAAAUAUAGUUGAAGCUGUUUCCAAUUUCUAUGAGUGUGAAACAGAAUUCCAUGAGCAGGUAGUUUCUAGCAAGGCUUCCGUCUCUUCGUCCCAGACUGAUACACAGAAUUCACCUGAUGUACUUCUAACGCCUGAGUCCACCUGCAACACAAUUAACCGAGGGAGUUCAGUCAUUGCUUUCAGUCAAAAAUUCAAGCCAUCUAAUGUGAAGUCAUUAAGUAGUGGCUCGUCACCUGGAAAAAGGAAGAGGAAAAUGGAUGUCAAGGCCGGGAAAAAAGCUAAAAGUACUUCUAAUGUCCAAUCUAGUGGUUCAAAGCAAUCCACCAUCACUAGAUUCUUUAGUAAAAGUUUGCCUAAUACUUCUGAAGACAGUAUGAAACAAACAAUUUCUGAAGAAGUCCCUGGAAACGGGAACUUGUUGGUUGAUGAUGCUCCAAACUUGUAUGGACAGGAGGUAGGCCAGUUUGUUCAGAUAACUGGUGUUGAUGAAUCAUUUAGAAGCUAUGCUGCCACCAUUCUGGAGAGGACUAAGGGGGACAUUAAUAAGGCAUUGGAUAUACAUUAUGGUAAACCUGAGAGUAUUCCUGGUAAGGAUGUUGAGACGUUGGCAGUGUCUGACAAAUUGGUUCAGCCCCAGAGUGUUACUAAUGAGCGGUCUUAUGCCCAGGGUAACAAGUCGCUGCAAGAAGCAGGAGUCGGAUUUACUCUAUCAGUAAAGGAACCAGCAGUACCAUGUUCAGAUGCUACUCUUAUGUCACUUCCCCCAGAAAAAUAUGACCCCAUAAAGCAUGCUUGCUGGAAUGUUGGCCAACCUGUGCCAUAUAUUCACCUUGCACGAACCUUUGAUUUGGUUGAAGCUGAAAAGGGGAAGAUUAAGGCCACUUCUAUGCUGUGUAAUAUGUUCAGAAGGCGGGUGCCCAUUUGCCUAUAUCUACCUUCUCAAUCUAGUUACCUCUGUUGUUUGCUGAUACGGUUAACUUCCUUGGCAAUUUCUUUUUGGUUAUGCAGUAUACUGGCUUUGUCUCCCGAUGAUCUGUUGGCUGCUGUCUAUCUUUGCACUGACAAAAUUGCCGCUGACCAUGAAAAUGUGGAAUUAAAUAUUGGGGGCAGCUUGGUCACGUCUGCAUUAACAGAGGCAUGUGGACCUAGUGCAUCUGAAAUAAGGGAGAUGUAUAAUAACGUUGGGGAUCUUGGUGAUGUGGCUCAGAGAUGCUGGCAAACAAAAAAGAGACAGAAACUACUUGCUCCUACUUCUCCCCUUCUUAUUCGAGAUGUUUUUUCUAGUCUUCACAAGAUAAGUUCACAAACAGGCAGUAAAAGUACUGGUCGAAAGAAGAGCCUCAUUGUGAAUUUGAUGUGCGCUUGCCAGGAGAAAGAAAUGAAGUUUCUUGUGAGAACUUUGGUAAGGAACUUACGUAUUGGAGCAAUGAUGAAAACUAUACUACCUGCUCUGGCCCAAGCAGUUGCAAUGAAUUCCUUCCCUAGAUCCUCAGACAAACAUAGUGCUUCACACAUAAAAGAGAUCCUUCAGGGCCUUUCUACAGCAGUAGUUGAAGCUUAUAAUAUACUUCCUAACCUGGACAUGCUAGUUCCUUCACUCGUCAAGAAUAGCAUUGGCUUUUCCUCGUCUACUUUGUCUAUGGAUCCUGGGAUACCUAUUAAACCCAUGCUCGCCAAAAUUACAAAUGGAGUUUCUCAAGUGCUCAAGUUAUUUGAAAAUAAAGCAUUUUCAUGCGAAUUCAAAGCCAGGAUGGUCAGACUCUGCAGGUCAAGUGGCUUAAAAGCGAAUGAGGUGGAGACACCGCUAGUAAUUGUGCUUUAUAAUUUCAGGUAUGAUGGUCAACGUGCUCAAAUUCACAGACUAUCCAAUGGAACUAUCCGUGUCUUUUCACGAAAUGGAGAUGAAACGACAUCAAAAUUUCCAGAUCUAAUCAAUAUUGUGGAUGAAUCCUGUAAUCGAACAGAGGAUACUUUCAUAAUUGAUGCAGAGGUUGUUGCAGUUGAUAGGAAAAAUGGAUGCAAGCUCAUGUCCUUCCAAGAACUGUCUUCUAGAGAAAGGGGGAGCAAAGAAUCCUCAAUUACAUUGGAUAGUAUUAAGGUGGAGAUCUGCGUGUUUGUCUUCGACAUCAUGUUUGCUAAUGGAGAACAGCUGUUGAAAUUUCCUCUGCGUCAAAGGCGGAAAUACUUGAGAGAUUUAUUUCCUGAUGAGAGGCCAGGUUAUUUUCGAUAUGCAGAAGAAAUGACGGUUGAGCCAAAUGAUGCUUGUUUGGGCAAUGAAUCAAUCUUAAACAGGAUGAACACUUUCCUUGAAGAUGCAUGGCAAUGUUCGUGUGAAGGAAUCAUGGUGAAAACUCUAGAUGUCGAUGCUGGAUAUUCUCCAUCAAAACGUGCUGACAGCUGGUUGAAGGUGAAACGGGAUUAUGUGGAAGGUUUGGGUGACUCACUUGAUUUAGUACCGAUUGGUGCUUGGCAUGGAAACGGAAGGAAAGCAGGAUGGUACAGUCCAUUCCUCAUGGCGUGCUACAACCCUGAGACUGAAGAGUUCCAAUCCGUUUGCCGUGUCAUGUCUGGUUUCUCAGAUGCCUUCUACAAAGAGAUGAAAGAGUUCUUUACCGGCGAUAGAACACUAACCAAAAAGCCACCGUAUUAUCGAACCCUGGAAGUGCCGGACAUGUGGUUUUCAGCAGAGCUUGUAUGGGAAAUCAGAGGUGCUGACCUGACAAUAUCCCCAGUUCAUCAAGCCGGGGUAGGUUUGGUUCAUCAGGCGCGCGGCAUCUCAAUCAGGUUCCCUAGAUUCGUCCGAUCAGUGGGGGAUAGGAACCCAGAAGACUGUAGUAGUGCUGCUGAUAUCGCUCGGAUGUUCAAUGCUCAACCGCGCAAAAUGGACUUGACUAGUGGGAGUUAGAUUGUGUAUCAUCUUCCAACUUGUACAGUAGAAAUGUUCUUCUCUGGCUUUGUGGUUAUCCUUUUGUGUUUUGGAUCCUGAUCUGAAACCAGGAUGUCAGCAUUGUGAAGCUGGCACGAGAAGUCGUCGGAGUUCAGGAGUUGAUUGUAGAAGGAUCUGCGUUUAGUCUCUGUGUAGUCUUCGGGUUAAGAAGCAUGUAUUAAGCAGUCCAGUGAAUCUGUAAUGUGUGGUGUUCAGGUCUGUUUGUACUUUACGCCUUGCGGAUUACGGUGAUGCCUCGAGCAACAAUUUCGAUUAAAUAGCACGGUUUCUUGUUUAUGUCUGGUUCAUCCAAAGAACAUGUCAAAUUAAAAAUCAACUAUACAACUACUUAUGUAUACAAAUUCAAAUCUUAAUUCAU